UGGUACGUAUAUUGGAUUUUAAUGAAAACAGAUUGCGAAUAAUUUUUGUUAAAGGUGGUUAAUUCCUUUCGUUGAACAUUACACUCAAAAGGUGUGAAGAUUGUUCAUCAUGGCAUCCAAUGAGCUUUCUCCACUUCAGUCAUCUCCAGAACCUGAAAAUGACCACUUCUGUAACCUUUGUAAUCAAGAAUUGAAGCAACCUAGGGUUCUUUCAUGUCUUCAUGUGUUUUGUGAGACCUGUUUAGAAAAAGAGUUGCUCGACUUGACAAACAAACAGCUUGAUAUGGAACCUUGUGAAACAUUGGAUGUUUUAACUUGUCCAGAAUGUAAACAAGAAUCUAAGUUAUUUUCAAAAGGUGUUUCUGGACUUCCAUUGGAUUUCGUGACCAGCAACCAACUGGAUAUUUCUGCCAUUGAGAAUACACAGAUUAUCUGCACCAGUUGCAAGGCCAAAGAAAAGGCUGUUGCUAGGUGUAGUGACUGUGCCACUUUUCUCUGUUCUAAUUGUGUCACGGCCCACCAGUAUAUGAGGUGUUUUGAAAAUCACAAGGUGGUUUCCUUUGAAGAAAUGAAAACUUCUGGAGAUGGGAUAAUCCUCCACAAACCCAUUGAAUGUCCAAAUCAUGUUGGCGAGACCAUGAAGUUUUACUGUUAUACUUGUGAGGUUCCCAUAUGUAAUGAAUGUAUGGUAGCAGACCACAAACAGCCACAGCAUCGGUAUGAAAGAGCUGCUGAUGCUGAGGUUAAACAUCGAGAAAAUAUUGAGAAUCUAAUAAAAGAAAGUGAAGAGAAAGUUCGAUUUUGUGAAAUGGCAUCAUUAACCCUACAGAAUUCCCUUACAGACUUGCAGUUACAGCGGGACAAUGCUAAAAAUAGUAUUCAGGUUGUCUGUACCCAGUUAAUGUAUCUAAUUAACAACACUCCUAAACCUGAUGUCUCCGUGGAGAUCAAGUUUGAAUGUGAUGAAUCCAAGUUUGAAAAAAAUAUAGAAGAGCUAUGUGGAUCUUUGUGCACAUCUGCAACAGUAUUGUCAAAACUUGAGGACAAUCCACCUCACCAGCAAACCUCCCCCAUCCACUCAGUGUCAUCACUUGAUAACGAGGGGUUUGUCUUACCCCAUGGUGUUCUUAGUGAUAAAACCUCAGUGCCUUCAACUCUGGAUGUAGACUUGGGCAAUAAUGUUGCCCAGUACAACCUAGCCCAGUUGGCAGGCAUGGCUGAACACAGUUCUUCUCACGAGUCUCUUAAUCCAACCCCUUCACCUCCAACUCUGUACGAUCUUCUACAGAUAUCCACCAGUGGACCAGAUUCAGUAGCAGCUGCACAAAUGAAUGCCCUGAACAACCUGUCAGCUUUGGCCAAACUAGGCUCAGUGUCAAUGAAUAAUUCUGGUCAAGUGCUUUUAGGUAGACAAAUGAUUCCAAGCAUGGGUCCUGAUUCUCCUAGUAUGUCCCAUUCUACUACAUCCCAGCCUCACUCCCAAGGGCUAAGAUCUUUACAACCAUCUCCAUUGGACACAGAUUUGGGAAGUCUUUUGAAUGGUGGAACCUCACCUCUUCCUUUACAGUCGACCAGAGGAAGUAGCCCUCAUUUUGGAUCACCUCUUAUGAAUGGUGUAUCAGCUAUCAGUGCUAACCUGAACUUGGGUGUGCCAAGUUCUUUCACUUCAGGAAAUGUUAUGCCACCAGUGACAGGUGGUCAAGGAAGCUAUAACCCUCCGCCACGAAGUGCCACUACCAAACUAAACACAAUGCAGAUAAGGUGUAAGUUUGGCCAGCUUGGGCCAGGAAGAGGGCAAUUUAGUUCACCCCAUGGUUUUUGCUUGGGUUUGGAAGAAGAAAUUAUUGUGGCUGACACCAAUAACCACAGAAUCCAGGUUUUUGAUAAAAUGGGUGAGUUCAAGUACCAGUUUGGUUUUCCUGGAAAGGAAGAAGGGCAGCUGUGGUAUCCUCGAAAGGUUGCUGUUAUUCGACAAUCUGGCAAGUUUGUUAUUUGCGACCGAGGAAAUGAGCGAUCCCGCAUGCAACUUUUCACGAAGAAUGGACAUUUUAUCAAGAAGAUUGCUAUCAGGUAUAUUGACAUUGUUGCAGGAUUAGCCAUCACUGGAGAAGGACACAUUGUGGCUGUGGAUAGUGUCUCUCCCACAGUUUUCGUUAUUGCAGAGAAUGGGGACUUACUUCGCUGGUUUGACUGCAGUGAGUACAUGCGAGAGCCUUCAGACAUAGCCAUCAGUGGGAAAGAGUAUUACAUCUGCGAUUUUAAAGGACAUUGUGUUGUUGUUUUUAAUGAAAAUGGACAGCACAUGAGACGUAUAGGCUGUGAAAAUAUCACCAAUUUUCCCAAUGGAAUUGAUAUAAGUGAUGCUGGUGAUGUAUUGGUUGGAGAUAGCCAUGGGAAUCGAUUUCACGUUGUUGUCUUUUCGAGUGAGGGUUCACUCCUGUCUGAGUUUGAGUGUCCAUACGUUAAGGUCAGUCGAUGCUGUGGCCUGAAGAUUACAUCCGAAGGUUAUGUUGUCACUCUGGCCAAAAACAAUCACCAUGUCUUGAUCUUGAACACCUUGUAUAUCAUGUGAACAAGUAGCUCUCAUGAAUGUACAUGUUUUAUGAAGAUGUUCACUGUAGGUGUGUGGCAUCAUAAUGAUUAUAUCUAAUCUCUCAAUAUCAGAAAGUAAUGUUUAUUAGUUGCCUUUGAAUUGUGAGCCAUACGACAUGUCAUCUAUAUGUAAGAGAAUGUAAUUUCCUAGUAGUUCGUAGUUGCAGGGCUGUGGGAGUUUUUUAAUGAACAAGAAAAAAAAAAGAUGAACUCCUCAUCUUCUAGUAGCCAAAGAAAUUCUUGAUGUUAUAAAAAAAAA